UCUUGAUGAAAAACUACGACUUGUUUCAAUCGCUAUUGUGCUGUCGCUCUCCAAAAGCAGCUCAUUAUUUUCACCCUCCCCUUUCUCUUUUAUCUCCUUUCUCAUUUGCAAUUAUCCGCUAUAUAAUAUUGUCAAAAAAUUGAACAUACAACAUUUGUCUGAUUCUGGAUUUGAUCGUAUUAGGGUCUUUUUUUCUUCAGGAAAUUAGAGUUGUUUGUGUGUCGAAUGGUGGAUUGAUGGAGAAUACAGGUGUACGGGGUCGAUUCGUUGGGUCGGAGAUUCAUGGCUUCCGCACCUUGGAAGAUUUGGAUGUUGGUAACAUGAUGGAGGAAGCCAAGGCAAGAUGGCUCAGACCAAAUGAGAUUCAUGCCAUACUCUGUAACCACAAGUAUUUCACUGUUUACGUCAAACCCGUGAAUUUGCCAAAAAGUGGCACAAUUGUGUUGUUUGACCGUAAGAUGCUCCGGAAUUUUCGGAAAGAUGGCCAUAACUGGAAGAAGAAAAAGGAUGGAAAAACUGUUAAAGAAGCUCAUGAACACUUGAAAGUCGGCAACGAGGAACGAAUUCAUGUAUACUAUGCACAUGGGGAAGACAAUCCAACUUUUGUUCGCCGAUGUUACUGGCUACUUGACAAGUCUCUGGAGCAUAUUGUCCUUGUACACUAUCGUGAAACUCAAGAGUUGCAGGGUUCCCCAGCCACACCUGUGAACUCCAACUCUAAUUCUGCUGGCUCUGACCUGUCUGCUACUUGGCCUAUGUCCGAAGAAUCUGAUUCUGCAGUAGACCGAGUAUAUUAUGGCAGCACCGGUUCAUAUUUAGAGUGUCAUGACAGUGUGACCGUUAAACAUCAUGAACAGAGGCUCUAUGAGAUAAAUACGCUUGAAUGGGAUGAGCUUUUGGUGCCAGAUGAUCCCCACAGACUGAUUACACGACAACAAGGAACAACUGCAGGCUUUGAGUUGCAAAAUCAGUAUCAGAUGAACAGUUACAGAAUUAAUGAUGAUGCCCCAUCAAAUAAUAAGGUGUCCCCAGAAUGUUCUACCAACAGUUUUUCUGAACCAGUUGCUGGGAGGAGUUCCAUUAAUUAUACCUCUCCCAACAAUAUGUCCUACCAGACAGUGGAACAAGAUACGAUUGUCAAUUCAGAGACUAUGGUUUCUGGACUUAUGCCAUCAGGUGGAGCUGGUUCUUUGUAUAAUCUUGGCAAAGACGGUUUGCAAUCACAGGACAGUUUUGGAAGGUGGGUGACACACAUUAUUGCUGAAUCCCCAGAAUCAGUGGAUGAUCACACUCUGGAAUCCUCAAAUUUAGCUGGCCACCAGUCUUCCACAUAUCCACUGAUGGAUAGUCAUGACUCAUCUCCGCUGGGCCCGAUAUUCACAAUAACAGAUGUCUCACCUGCAUGGGCUCUUUCAACUGAAGAAACAAAGAUCUUGGUAGUUGGCUUUUUUAAUGAAGGACAGCUACCCUACUCAGAAUCCAAAUUGUAUCUUGCAUGUGGAGAUUCUUUACUUCCGGUAGACGUUGUCCAAGCAGGAGUCUUUCGUUGUUUAAUUCCGCCGCAAGCUCCUAAACUAGGGAAUCUGUAUAUCACUUUUGACGGGCAUAAACCUAUCAGCCAGGUCUUAACUUUUGAAAUCCGUGCUCCUGUACAGCCUGGCACAGUUUCAUUUGAGAAUAAAACUGAUUGGGAAGAAUUCCAACUUCAGAUGAGGCUUGCUCAUUUAUUGUUUUCAUCAUCCAAGGGCCUGAGUAUUUAUUCCACUAAAUUAUCCCCAACCGCUUUAAAGGAAGCCAAAGCUUUUGCUCAGAAGACCUCACAUAUCUCUGAUGGUUGGUUGCAUAUGGCCAAAGUGAUUGAAGAUACCAAAAUGUCCUUUCCCCAGGCAAAAGAUAAAUUGUUUGAGUUGACUUUACAGAAUAGACUACAAGAAUGGUUACUAGAAAAAGUGGUAGCAGGGUGUAAAAUUUCUGAACGUGAUGAACAAGGUCUAGGUGUAAUUCAUUUGUGUUCCAUCCUUGGCUAUACAUGGGCUGUUUACCCAUAUUCAUGGUCUGGCUUAUCAUUGGAUUAUCGAGACAAAUUUGGAUGGACCGCUCUACAUUGGGCUGCGUAUUAUGGAAGGGAGAAAAUGGUGGCAACCCUUUUAUCUGCUGGAGCAAAGCCAAAUUUAGUCACAGAUCCGACCUCACAAAAUCCUGGGGGGUGCAGUGCUCAUGAUCUUGCUUCUAAAAAUGGUUAUGAUGGUUUGGCAGCUUAUCUUGCUGAGAAAGCUUUAGUUGCCCAAUUUGAUGAUAUGACAUUGGCUGGAAAUGUUAGCGGAUCGCUGCAAACUACCACAAACGAGACGGUGAACCCUGGAAAUUUCAGUGAGGACGAGUUGUAUCUGAAGGAUACCCUCGCGGCUUACCGAACAGCUGCUGAUGCAGCUGCACGGAUACAGACUGCAUUCAGGGAGCACUCACUCAAAAUACGGACAAAAGUAGUUGAAUCCUCAAAUCCAGAGCUUGAAGCACGAAACAUAGUUGCAGCAAUGAAGAUCCAGCAUGCUUUCCGCAAUUAUGAGACACGCAAAAAGAUCGUGGCUGCUGCUAGAAUCCAGCACAGAUUUCGUACUUGGAAGAUCAGGAAGGAAUUCCUUAACAUGCGUCGGCAGGCCAUUAAAAUUCAAGCUAUGUUCAGAGGUUUCCAAGUCAGGAGGCAGUACCGUAAAAUUGUUUGGUCAGUUGGGGUCCUAGAGAAAGCAAUACUGCGAUGGCGGCUGAAGAGAAAAGGCUUCCGUGGGCUUCAGGUUCAACCUGCUGAAACUCCCAGAGAGCCCAAUGAAGAGAGUGAUGUGGAAGAGGACUUCUUCCAAGCUAGCAGGAAACAAGCUGAAGAGCGUGUUGAGCAAUCCGUCGUAAGGGUUCAGGCGAUGUUUCGGUCGAAGCAAGCACAAGAAGCUUAUAGAAGGAUGAAGUUAGAACAUAAUAAAGCAAAGCUGGAAUAUGAAGGACUUCUCCAUCCUGAUCUCCAAAUGGGAUAAGAGAAAAGGAAGCACGAACUAUUCUAAUGGAAACUUCGCUCAACUGCCAUUCCUUAAAGAUGCUGCGUUCGUAUACAGUGACACCAUUUAGGAUAUCUAGAAGAUUUCGCUGGAGGCUUAUAUGUUUUAGCAUGGUGGUUGUGUAAAUUUGUAAAUUUUUUAUGUUUUAAGUAGGUGCUUGAUUUUCACCUCUUCCUACAAGUUCAAUGAAAAUGCGAGGUGAUUACUACUGAUUUUCUCUUGUUCUUCACUAGUAUCUGAGGUUUUCCUGAAAUUCCUGGUAGUUUUUACUUUUUAGUAUAUAUCUUUGUGUUCGAAUCUUGGUCCAAUUUGUUACUGGGGUCUUAUGUAUUGAUGGGUGCCAGUGAUGUAUUGAAGACAUGUCUAUAUAGUUCUUAGCUA